CUUUAAUGGUAAACUUUCUGAAAAACAGUCAUGACUGGAAGAGAAAUACAGAAGAUGAUUCAUGUUCAGGAAUCAGCUGCAAAGAAGUUUUAAGAAAGCUGUUCAGCAGCAUCUCUUUAGAUAAGACCAACAAUCACAGAAUGGUUUGGCAGUCACCCAAGAUGGAGCACACUCAAAGAAAAGACAGAAGCGUAUUUGGAGUGUUGGCUUGCUGAUAUGCAUGGCAGAUGCCUGUUUCACACUCUAUCCUUUGACUGCCAGCUAUGAUGUCAGAUAGAGUUGUUACCUGAUUAAGCAAUUGCUCUUCGCUUCCUGUUUGACACUUUCAAGUACUUCCACACCCAGGGGACAGCCUCUGAAAAACUGCUUGCAAGUAUCAUCUCCACCUAAGAGAUUUUUCAUUUUUAAGCUUAGGAAAAAACACUGGAGAAUUAUGAAAAUCACAUUUUUCUUUGCUGCAUUGUUCUUACUGGAUUUCUUCACUUUCAUUCAUGCUAAUCUGCAAUAUCCCUUGCCUGAUAUAGAAGAUGCAAAGUUCAUUGAAGAUUGUGUGAGAACUCACAACACAUUUCGAUCCAAAGUGAAUCCACCAGCCAGCAAUAUGUUUCGCAUGUCCUGGGAUGCUGCUUUAGCUAAGAGUGCCAAAGCAUGGGCAAAGAAGUGCAAGUUUAACCAUAAUACACACCUUCAUGCCAGGAAUGACAUGCCAGGAAAAAUGCAUCCCACCUUCCCAUUUGUUGGAGAAAACAUCUGGACUGGUACAGCCCGCAUCUUCUCUGUGGAUGCAGCUCUCAGGUCCUGGUUUAAUGAAGUCAGCAGCUAUGAUUUCAGCACAAAUACAUGUACUGACAAGUGUGGUCACUACACUCAGGUUAUCUGGUCAGAGAGCUACAAAGUUGGCUGUGCAGUUCACUUCUGCAAUACAGUUGAAAAUUUUCCAGGACUGUUCAAAGCAGCGCAUUUUGUUUGUAACUAUGGGCCAGCGGGGAAUUACCCAAGAAAGCCAUAUAAAGAAGGACAGCCAUGCAGUAGAUGCAGUAAUGACAAGUGUGUAGACAAGCUCUGUGAAAAUACGAAACGUGAGAAGCUGAUAAGUUAUGCCAACUGGUAUCCGGACUGGGAUACACAGCCCCAGCCACCACGACCCCGGCCCCCCAGGCCUCCUGUGACAUCAGACAUCCCACCUGCUGAGCAUCCACAGCCUUCUUGUGACCAAUACUGCCUUACUGUUUUAAUUUUAAGGCCACUGUUUCUCGUAUUGAGUGCUGGUGCUGUACUUCUAGUACAACAAAAAUUUCCACACAGUUUUUUUUUAUAAGUAAUGAUCAAUUAAGAUACUGAUUGUGAUCCUACUGCUGUAUUACACUCACACAAUUGGCACACAUUUAAAGAAGCAUUUGGUCAUCUCUCAUUAUCCAGCAUAGGAAAGGCUUCUUCUUCACUCAAGGCAAGAUAUAAGUGGCUGUGCAUAGAGGUAGUAUAAUUUAUUGGAAGUAGCUGAAACAUGCUCCUAUGUUUGUACAAGCCUCUUAGCUCUAGGGGUAGAUUGCUAGAGGGACCACAGAUAGUAGAUAUUAUUCCAUGUGCUAACAAUCCUCCUGGAAGCCUGGGGCAUCACAAAGACAUGUCUGAAGUGGCACACUGUAUCCAAAAGAAGCAAUAAUUCAUCUUCAUUAACCUUCAGUUAUCCCAGACACAAUUUUCCCCAGAUAAUGGAGAUUUAACUAUAUAUAUUACUUUUUGUGAACAGGAAUAAAGCUUGCCCUUUGCUAUAUUUAA